AUGGCGCAUGGAUCUGCAGUUCAACUGUCGAUUAUGGAAGAUGCUGCUGAGAAUGGACAUGUGCAGUGCAUGUCGAUCGUCGCAAGCCACGGGCAUCCACAGUGGACGGCACGUACUUGCAUUCUAGCAGCCUUCAACGGACAGCUCGAAUGCCUCCAGUAUGCACAUGAACUGGGAUGUCCGUGGGACGAGGAGGUUUGUAAUUCAGCGGCGUCCAGCGACCAAAUCGAUUGUCUCGUCUACACACAUGAAAAUGGGUGUCAUUGGUCUCAAAGAACUUGUAUGUUAGCCGCGAAAAACGGCCACCUCCGAAUUUUGCAUUUGGCCACCACUGGUCUAGUGUAUCUCCAUACAAAUGGAUGCGCUUGGAACCAGAAGACAUGCCUUGUGGCUGCGAUCAAUGGCAAUUUAGAUUGCUUGCGAUACGCCAGGGAAAAUGGUUGUCCAUGGACCGAGGAGGUUUGUGAUGAAGCGGCAGCCGAAGACCACCUUGAGUGUCUCAUCUAUGCCCAUGAUAAUGGGUGUCCUUGGUCUAAAAUAACUUCUUGGCUGGCCACGAAGAAUAGCCAUCUCCGAAUACUGCAGUAUUUAUUUAAUAACGGCUGCCCUUCUGACCAGGAUGCGUGUGUCGCCGCUGUGGAAAAUGGCGAUCUUCAAUGCCUUAUAUUUCUCCAUGAAAAUGGAUGCAUGUGGGAUGAGUCAACGUGCCGAAUCGCGGCAAUUUAUGAUGAUUUGGAAUGCCUAAGAUACGCCAGGGAACAGGGCUGUCCAUGGGACUCGGAGGUAUGCGAGGAAGCGGCGGCAAGAGACCACCUCGAGUGUCUCAUCUUUGCCCAUGAAAAUGGUCUUAAUACUGAUUGCAAGACCGAGGUUGAUGAAGAAUUUGAGGAAGGAGAAAUUGUUGAAGAAGAUGAUACUGAAAAGUUUGAAUCAACUGCUCAAAAUACAGAACUUUUAGUAUCUAAUAAAAAUCUUUUUGUAGAAAAUGUGAGAGAAAAAUGCUCCAAACCUCUGUUGGAAGUGGAACAGAGACCUCAUCAGAUGUCUCACAAACAAAUGGUACAUAAUCCUUUACCUACACAUUUUUCAAGAUUUAAUAACAGUAGGCCUAGACAGAACUGGAUUCCAAGAAAUAAAAGGACUAUAAUCAAACAAAAUGUCGACAAUCAAAUGAAUAAUGACAUAUCUUGGAGUAAAAAAAGUAAAUUUGACCACAUCGAUAAAAAACAACCCAUUUUAAGAAAUUAUCAAAAUGGGUUAAGUAUUGAAAGAAAAAAUUAUGAUACACCUAUGGAGGCUGGCAAUUAUGAAGAAAUAACAAAUGUUAGAGGAACCAAUAGUCCCAACGCUUCAAACUUUGAGUCAUUUCCACAAGAAUUUGGAAAAUAUUGUCGGUUUAGCCAUGCCAAAAUUGAUAAUGAUAAAAAAUAUAUAUUUCAGAAGUUAUUUGGAAAAUUAUGUGUCAAUCCUGAGUAUAUACAGAACAAAUUUGAAAAGAAGAGAGCAUACAUUUUUGAUCUCAAAAAUGUAGGUCCUAAAUUAAAAAGCACUGAGAAAAACUCAGAUAAAUAUCCAGAGGGUAAUCAUAACAACAAUAGUUGUACUCCAAUACCGCAAUCACCUUCACAAGAUGCGCCUAUAGUUGAUAACACUUUGAAAUAUCAAAAAUACAAAUACAAUGAUAGAAACAAAACAGGAAAACAAGAAAAGGAAUUUAGUAAAGAACAAAGAGAAGAAAGGCAGAAAGAAUGGCAAAUAGUAAAAAACAGACAAUGUAUAGAUGAUUUGUUCACGCAGACCGUUUAUCCUUCAUUCGAUGACCUAUAUCAUAAAAAUGAAGUAAACGAACUUAUUAUUGAUGAAGAAAAAUUCCAAAAUGACGACAAUUAUCAAUUUGAAUUGUUACCAAAAAAACAGCUUUAUAAUCAUACUCAAUCACAACAAAAAAAUUUUAAUGAAAUAGAUAUGAGUCACGAUUAUUUUAGUCAAGAGGAAAAUUAUUCAAGUGAUUUUUCAGAACAUUUGAUUUCAAAUUCUAUAAAUAAUUCAUUAAAUAUUUUACAAAAUGAAGAAAAAGAACUAUCAUCAACAUGUUCUUCAUCUAAGUCAAAUUUAUCAAAAGUGGAACAAGUCAAUAUUGAUGAAGCCGAUAGUGAUUAUUUGGCUAAACUCCCCAGUAUAAUAUCAAGUGUUAAUAAAUCGACUAUAGGAAUUCAACCGUCUCUAAUAGAAAUGGCUUAUGAUUUUGAAGAAACUAUUCAAGAUGAAAUAAGUAAUAUUGAAGAAUUUCCAACUAGUUCUAAGUAUAAUUAUAGUUGCGCCAUAAAAUUGGGAAAAUCAGAUAUAGAUCUAAGACAACUAACAUAUAAAUUCCCCAUUACAACAGCUACUGAGAUAGAAGCUUCUAUUGAUAGUCAUCCACCAAUAAAGUAUCAUUUAUUACCAGUUGAAGUUCCUGUACAGGACUACUCUACAACUCAACUUAAUAUGAUCGGAAUUGACGAUCCACGGCAUAGAUAUGGUAUAAAAGCAGCAAGAAAUCUAAAGUUUAUUCAAAAUGUUCCUGAAACUGUUAGUGCAGUUACUGUCAGACCAGAGGCGACACCUAAAAAAAUUGUUAAUCGAGAUCCUAGAAAACGACCACACGACAUACUUUUAAAAUCAGUUAUUCAAGCUCCACUUCUACAAACACCAUACCCUACGGAUAUUGAUAUGAGAUAUAUUCCCCCGCAAAUUAUGGCUAUAAAGCCUAUGAUAAGUGGUCCAAGCAGAGAACUGGAGAGCCUAAGCAAAGAAUAA